CAUGCGUGGCUUGAUCAUCAUACUUGGGUUCCUUUUAUCAUGUGUUUUUGGUGCGGGAGCAUAUAAUGAUGACAAUACAAAGGAUGUAGUCAAUUUAAAACUAGGAAUUUUAGAAGAGAAACUUAACGAUUUUAAAAGGAAUUUAUCGGUUAUAGAUCACUACUUAGUUGAUGGAUACAAAAACUUUGACAAGAAAGACUUUACAUUCAAUCUGGUUUCUUUGAAAAACACUUCACUUCUACCUAAAAGCCCUGAAGAAGCCUUGCAGAUAGCCCGCAAAUUGAUAUCCCUUGGUAAAAAAUUGGAAAAAUUAUGCAGACGCAAACAGUUGUUUCAUGGAAAACACAGAAAGUUUGUCGACCAACUCUGUGAAAUACUAAAGAACAAGCUUUUUGGAAUUUGGGCAAUUGAAGUGGAGUUUUCUGAUUCUACUAAGACAGUUGUUGAUGAUAUACAUUUACCAGAAAAUAAAUACGAUCUGUUUCCUAUGAUGCUCGGUGACCAGUUGAAUAUUGUCAGACACCUUCUCCGUUUAUUUAAACGAAAUAUAAAAGUAGAAAACUAG